AUGCAUCAGCCAAAUGUGCAAAAAUCAUCGGGGUCUAAAGAAAAUGCCUGGUUAUCUUAUGGGUUUAGCUGCAUGCAAGGAUGGCGUAGAAGCAUGGAAGAUGAUCAUGUAGUGCUGCUUGAUGACGAUGGAGGUUUUUUUGGUGUCUUUGACGGCCAUAGUGGAUCAAACGUCGCAAGGUUUUGUGCCGGAAACCUCUUUGAUUUUGUAUCAAAGACUGCGGCAUUUGAUGAGGGGAACUACGCAAAGGCUCUGUAUGACGGUUUUCUUGCCAUCGAUAAACAUUUGUAUGCCAACUACUCGAAUGAGAGGAGUGGCUGCGCGGCAAUUGUCCUUUUCAUUAAGGAAGAUGACUUGUAUUGCGGUAACGCUGGGGAUAGUCGCUGUGUUUUGUGUCGUGACGGGGAGCCACUGCCCCUCAGUAAUGACCACAAGCCAUUUCUUCCAACCGAGUUAGCAAGGAUAGAAAGGGCAGGGGGAUAUGUAUGGAACCGCCGCGUCAAUGGAGCUCUUGCACUUAGCCGAGCCAUUGGGGACUUUGUCUUUAAGUGCAACAUGCAGGUGUCAUGGGAUCAGCAGGCCGUUACGAGUGCUCCAGAGGUGCGUUUUAUUCGUUUGAAUCGCGACCAUGACGAGUUUGCCGUCAUCGCCUGUGACGGUAUAUGGGAUGUGCUAAACAAUGAUCAAGUAGUAGAAUUUGUGCGUCACCGCAUUCAGUCCCAUAUUCCUCUGGAGAAGAUAGCGGAAGAGCUUCUCGAGCGGUGUCUCUCCCCACGACCGUUUGGUGUCGGAUGCGAUAACAUGUCAGUUGUGAUUCUUCAAUUUAAACGAACA